UCAAAUACGAUAUCAACAAAAAUGAUAAUAAUUAAAAUAUUCGUUCUUAUUGGAUACUUUUCUUUAGUUAAAUCAAAAAACGUUUAUAUGCAUAACUUGCCAUUGGGAGAAUAUCGUAUAGUAUUCGAGAGAAUGUAUCCUUGUCAGUCGAUAAAUUCAUUACAAAUUAAUCUAUAUUUCAGUAAAAGAACAUCAAAUAUAACUGAGGUGAAAGGAAAUUUUACAUUAUUAGAACCUUUUGCCGAUAAUCUUACACUUGAUGUAAACUUGGCAUCUUGGAGUUUAAUUGGUGGUUGGAAACCAAAUUCAGCGGUAUAUAUAGCAAAAAAUGCAUGUAGUAGUUUGAAAAUGGUACUUGGAAACGCGUGGUAUUCAAUUAUGAAUGAUUUUAACUUUCCUAGUACAAGCUGUCCAGUUCCAUCGGGCACAUAUAUUACAUCAGGAAUGAAUUCGAAGGAAUUUGAAAACAAUAACUUUCCAAAGGUAUACUUUUAUGGGAAAUAUAAAUUUACGUUUAAAGCAAAAAAUGAAAAAAAUAAAGUUUUUGGUUGCGCCGUAUUGGAGUUGAGUUUAAUAAGACCGUGGGAAACACCAAUUUGAUUAAAUUUUAGUAAAUGAUAAUAUUAGAUCACUAUAUUUUCACAUUCAAAAUAUUUUUAUUUUUUUCCUCGUAUCAUGCACCGUCUGCAAUACACAAAAAUUAUUUUGCCUAA